ACGUUUUCAACUGUCCUACCGGGCGGUGACUAUGGUGUCUUGUCGGUCGUGUCACACUUAACUAGGAGCACAAAUCUUUUACAUUUUAACUGAUCUUGGUGGUUUCGUUAAAAAUAAUUACCAACGACUUAAAAAUUACUUGAGGCUUUUCUGCCUCACCAAUUCUGUCUCGUUGUGAAGCGGGUUGUUUCUAUGCAGGCAGAGGUUGACACGGAUGAUGAGGGUUAUGAGGGGCCCUUGGUACUGGAUUUGGAUGAAGAUGCUUUAAAAGAUAAUUUAACCUACUCUCAAGAUCAACAGCAGAAUGACACCUUGACUCAGAGUCCACAAGAAAACGGCUUGAAGGGACUUGAGGCAAUAGAGCAAUUAGACCUCAAGGUCAAGGAACUUUCCUCACAAGUUGGCAGGAUUUUGAGUCAGGCCAAAAGCUUCCAUUCUCCUAAAACGCAGACAUCAAGAAACUCGGCUUUACCAAAUGCUUUACAUGACACGAGAAAAACGCUGAAGAGAGGAAGGAAGCCGAAACCUAAUCCCAGGGGUGUCAAGCUGUUUAGGUCAUGCCCAAUUUGUUCGAAGCAGCAGCUGAGCACCAACCUCACCAGACAUUUGAGAGGGUACCAUGGUGUUGAAGAUGUAGCUCGUCUUUCAAGCUUGAGCACCAAGGCCUCGAUGCAAGCUCAAUGUACAGAGGUCCCUUUUCACGAUUUGCCCAAAAUCAUUCAGGCCAACUGGACCGACAAAGGAACAAGAAAUGAUGCAUUGAAUUUCCUUAAAAAGUACAAUUUAAGUGUUAAAGAGGAUUAAUCAGUGCAUUCAAAAACCGCCCUUAGCACGAAUGAAAGGAGUGACUAGCGUCCAUGACGAAGCAUAGUAUGAAAUCAAACUGAUUUGUUUCAGUUUGGAACUUAGAAUCGAUGACACACUUCGUAAAGUAGACUUCCUCAUUGGUUUUGUAUCAGUUUUCUUUAAAUACAAAUAUUCAUUUGGAUUUUAAAAUUUCAAAUGUAAAAUUGGAUGGUACAGGCCAAAGUUGCUAAUUUGUAUCGCCACUUUUCCUGUCAAGAUAUUUUGCACCAUAGGGUCGGAGAUGUGUUUUGAAGUUAACGAAACAGUUUAAAAAACUGGUUGGUUAAUAAAACAUACAAAAUUA